CCUUUCUUAUUUCAUAUUGUAGUGAGGACUACUUCUCUUUUUCCCUAUCAAUUCAAUAUUUCCAGUUUUAUUUUUUCACUCUGAGAUUCAAUUCUAGUACACUUGUUGUAAAUCAUCAUUCUUUCAUCAAUUUCCCAAUCAAACGUACGUACUCAAAACCUUUCAAAUUUAGUGCCCUCAACUCAUCUGUGAACCUCCACUCGAAUUGUAAGCUUUCAUUCAUCUCUUAUCAUUCCUGUUAAUUUCGUCACAUCUUUGAUCUUUCUUACCUUCUGCUCUUCGUUUUUCAUCUUCUCAAUCUUCAGUCAACAGAUCAUAUCAAUGGCUUGCUUGACCAACGAAGGAGCCUCUUCUUCUUCUUCUACUCCCCGAUGGAUCUAUGAUGUUUUCUUGAGCUUUCGAGGUGAAGAUACUCGUAAAAAUUUUACAGGCUAUUUAUAUAAGGCUUUGUGUAACCAUGGUUUUAACACCUUCAUCGAUAAAGACCUUCAAAAGGGAGAAGAAAUUUCAAUGGAACUUGUUAAAGCCAUUGAAUCGUCAAGGAUUUCGAUUGUUGUAUUCUCUAAAAGUUUUGCAUCUUCUACUUGGUGCUUGAAUGAACUUGUCAAGAUUUUUGAGUGUAGGAGUAAUGGCCAACGGGUUUUACCAAUUUUUUACAAAGUAGACCCUUCAGAAAUACGUAAACAAGUUGGAGACUAUGGGAUUGCACUAGCUGAACAUGAAGAAAAAUUCAAAGAUGACAUAGAAAAGGUUAAGAGGUGGAGGAAAACUUUAAAAGAAGCAGCUAAUUUGAAUGGAUUUCAUUACGAUGAUAGUUACACUGAAUCUGAAUCUGAGUUUAUCCAAAGAGUUAUAAAAGAGAUACCAAGGACUAAAUCAAAUCGUGAGCAAUUAUUUGUUGCUAAACAUCCAGUUGGAAUAGAUACUCGAGCGGAGGCCAUAGAAUCGCUUUUAGAUAUGGAGUCGAAUGAUGCUUGCAUGGUCGGAAUUUAUGGUCUUGGGGGAGUUGGUAAGACUACAGUCUCGAAAGCUGUUUAUUAUAGAAUUGCAAACCUUUUUGAAGGAAGCUGUUUUUUAGAGAAUGUUAGAGAAAUGUCAAAGAUAUAUAGUGACAAAAUCCUACUACAAAAGACACUUCUUUCUAAGAUCUUACAUGGUGAAGAUUUGAAGGUGUACAAUGUUUCUGAAGGUACCAAUUUGAUAAAGCAAAGACUUCAUGGUAAAAAAGUUCUUUUAAUUCUUGAUGAUGUGAGUGACUUAAUAGAGGUAGAUAAUUUGCUUGGAGAACGUAAUUGGUUUGCUCCUAGAAGUAGAGUUAUCAUAACAACAAGAAACAAACAAGUACUAACCAAUUUGAAAAUUGAUCAUCGUCGAAUACACAAGGUUGAAGAAUUGAGGCAAUGUGAAGCUUAUGAACUUUUCAUCAAACAUGCCUUCCAAACAAGUAAAUAUGAGGAAGAAUAUGAGGAACUUGCAAACAAGAUUAUACUUUAUGCCAAUGGCCUACCAUUAGCUUUACAAAUAAUUGGUUCUGAUUUGUGUGGAAAAAGUAUACAAGAAUGGAAAAAUGCAUUAGAAAAGUAUGAAAAUAUUCCACAUCAAAAUAUUCAAGAAAAACUUAAAAUAAGUUAUGAUGGAUUGGAAAAAACUGAAAAGGAUAUUUUUCUUGAUAUUGCAUGUUUUUUUAAAGGUUACAACAUGGGUGAAGUUGUAAAUAUAUUACGUUCUUGCGAUUUAUGUCCAGACGAUGGUAUUGGAAGGCUAAUUGACAAGUGUCUUGUAACAUUGGAACAUGGCUGUUUGUUAAUGCAUGACUUGCUACAACGAAUGGGUAGAGAAAUCAUCCGACAAGAAUCAGAUAAUCUUGAAAAACGUAGUAGGAUAUGGCGUUAUAAGGAUGCUCAUAAGUUACUAACUAGAAAUAUGGGAUCAAAUAAAAUUCGAGGUAUAAUGUUGUGCUCACCUGAACCAACAGAGGUUGCAUUGGAAGCUAAUGUUUUCAAGAGGAUGAAAAAUCUCAAAUUCCUUAUAGGCAAUGUACAUAUUGUUGAAGAUCUUGAAUAUCUCCCAGAUGAGUUAAGGUUUCUUGAAUGGCGUAAAUUUCCUUUCUCCUUAUCUUCCAAAUGUUGUGCCCCUGAAGAACUUGUUGCACUCAAGCUGUCUAAGUCUAACAUUAAAUUGGAGAAUGCAUUCAAGCAGGAGUUCCAGUAUGAAAAUUUGAAAGCGAUCCGUCUAGUAUCUUGUGAAUCCAUUAUAAAAUUACCUGACUUGUGCUGCCCAAACUUAGAGAAUUUGGAGAUUAAAUAUUGUAAAAAAUUAAUUGAGGUUGACAAGUCCAUUGGAUUUCAUGAGAAGCUUAAAAGAUGGGAUCUCACAGGCUGUUCACACCUUCAAAUUCUUCCAAGUACGCUCAAGUUGAAAUCUCUUGAAUAUUUUGAACUAAAUGGUUGCAGAAGGCUUGAGAAGUUCCCCGAUAUUCACCCAGAAAUGAAUUGUCUAAAGUAUUUGGAUUUUUUUCGUUGUGGUUUUAGAGAAUUGCCUUCAUCACUGUUGUAUCUGACUGGACUUAACCCGUUAGGCCUAGGUGUCAGUAAGCUUACGAAUUUUCUAGUUGGGGCCAAAAACUUUUCGGGACCUACUGGGUUUCUGUGCUUGAAUCAACUGGAUCUUAGCGGUUCUCCUAGAAUUGAAGUUGAAUUAGAUUCUUGGAUGCAGCCCGAUUACUUCCCAGUAUUGGAAAGUUUGUCUCUUGCUUCUACUGGUAUUGUUACCAUCCCAGAAAGUAUUAGUAGAUUUACUAAAUUAAAAUUUCUUGAAAUUCAAGAUUGCAAAGAGCUUCGGGAAAUUCCGAGACUUCCACAAUCUAUAAGAACUGUGUGUGCAACGAAUUGCGAUCGGCUGGAUACACAACCAUCAAGCAGUUUAUUGAAUCUGUUUCGAGAAAUUCUAGGGAAUCUACCAAAUACAGUCGAUGAGAUUCCAAAGUGCUAUGGUUCCGAACGGCCUAAAAUUGGGAUGGUUUAUCAUCUUGAACUACCAGUAACUAAGAUUCCAGAGUGGUUGAAAUUCAACCAUGUUGGAAAUCCCAUAUCAUUCUUGGUCGGUCCCAAUUUUUCAAAUCUGGUUGUUUGUAUUGCUAUUCCAUCGAAGGAUGUGGACAACGAUAUAGUAUCCAUGUGUGAAGUUGACUUUUUUAUCAAUGGCAAAAGACAAUUCACAGUGUGCAACUGGUGGGCGAAAGGUAAUUAUGACCACGUAUGGUUAAUUUAUGCGAAAGUGAAUAUAUCAAAUACAUCUGAAGAGAAUCGCAUUGUGGUUGUGUUUAAAGGUCAAAAUAUUCCCCUACAUAGGAUGAGGAUUUAUGCAGCAUGCAUCUGUUGUCCUUGGAAACCCAUUAUAUAUCUUACCUCAUCUAUGGAUCAAUGUUGGUUCAACAAUGGGGAAGAAGAUCCAGGUUGGGUUUUUUCGGGUUGGGGUGAACCUGGAGAUGAUGACGGUGCAGGUGGAAGGGACAACCUAUAUUAUGGUGAACCCGGAGAUGAUGACUCUGCUGGCCCAAGUGGAACCAGUGACCCAUAUUGUGGUGAACUUGAAGAUGAUGAUGUUGUUGAGAAAGGUGGCAAUGAUAGCCCAUAUUAUGGCGAACCUGGUGAUGAUGGCGUCGCUGAGUAUGGCCCAUAUGAUAGUGAACCUGAAGAUGAUGAUGCUGCUAGGCAAGGUGAAUACGAUGGCCCAUACGAUAGUGAUUCCGGAGAUAAUGACGCUGCAGGGCAAGCUGGAACCGAUGACACAUUUUAUGGUGAACCUGAAAAUGUUGAUGCUGCUAGGCAAGGUUGGGCCUUUUCGGGUUGGCGGCGGGAGAAAUAUGUGACCCUCAAUUAUUGUGUGGAUUUUUCGGCUUUCCCGUCGGAUGUGUAUAUCAAGAAAAAUAAUAAACUGGUUCCGUUGAAUGCAUUAUCUCCCUCACAUGAGGGUUGAAACAGGGAAUACCCUCUCGUAUUUCAAGAAGACAAAAACAUGUUGAUCCAACUUUGAAGAGAAGGUGAAACCAAGUGACCCUGAUGUUUUCCAUUUGCUUGGAGAAGUCAAAUACAAAUUCAAAGGUAUGUGAUUUACAGGUUGUCAGUUGUAUGCAUCUAUGAGGAUUUUUCUUAAAUCAAAAUUGGUCAGGAUGCCUAUAUAAAAUUUGAUGUCCAUCCCAGCAUCUUGUUUGAUUAUUUGAAGGAUGUCGUUCUUUUAUCAAAAUAUACUUUGAUAGUUUAGUCUCUUUGUGACAAAUGUAUGUUUACUUAUUUAGUAUCUUGCUCUUAUUUGAUGUAUUUGUUCCUAGGGUUGUAGGUUAUGAAAUAAUUGCAUGGUGGAUUUGCGUGGGAUAAUAUUCAUAUUCAAAAUGUCUUGUUGAGUUGUUUGUUGAGGUCCUAAUCUAUAUAAGGUUUCUGAGUGUCUGAUUUGAGAUAGCCAAGUCUCCAAUAGAAGAAGAAUUUAAGAGGUUGAGAAGAGAAACCAGAAGAAGAUGGAAAAGAACUAACUUCAGUCUUAUUGCUUGCCAAUCUUUCAUACACGUACCAUUCCUAUAUAUCCCCCUGAUCCAGCUCACAAGUUGGUUCUAACUAAUGAACUGCCUUAACAGUAUAUUUACAAUUAACAUGUGCUUAGUACAAUAGCUCAAAAUCUCUUAUUCACUAUCUAUCAUUGUUUUACUCCUGGUUAAGCCAAUCUGGAAAGCAGUGCUAAGCUAAAUAAUGUGGCAAUCCUGACCUUGUCCAUGUUUUCCCUCGUCCUCCUUAAAGCAUUACUAUCUUUCCUUCAAAAAAUUCUUCUUCUUCUCUUGUUUUAUCUUAAUUUUUGCAAUUAUAUUAAAUAAUUAAUAUAUGUACUCCUCUUUCAAUCUGUGCAACUUUCAAUUGCUUCAAUCAAAACCAAAAGUAUCAGUUCCACCAAUACAAUCUUCCCCUACUGCUUAUUACAGUGUUACUAACUAGUAUCAUAUUGAUGAAUCCUACUGGCUAAAGAAACCAGCCAGCCUUCAAUCUUGAACUUCAUCACUUAUCCAUCUCAUCCAAAGCUGAUAAUGACAGCUUAUUCAUGUUCAACUUGUUGAUCCUCAUCCUUGCCUUGUUACUCACCCUCAUCUUCAUCCUUGGCAAGCUGAGAUUCCCUCUCUCCAAGCGUCUUCCAAGUUUGUCUGAAUCAUAACACAAAUCAUUAGGUUAAUGUUCAUCAAUAAAAAUUUAUUAUCUAACCACUUCAGGGUAACAUCUAUCUAGUAUAGGACUAUCUAGCCACUGCUACAGCUAUUGUGUACACUUGUAGAUGUUAGUUACAGCAGUUACAAGUAGUUAUAGUUGGUUACAUGGCUGUUACAGUUAGUUACUUUUUAAUUGCUUAGCUAUUGGGAAUUGUAUAAUUGAGAUGCUAAUUGUAAAGUCAUCAAUGAGAAUUCAGUGGCCUGUUCAGUUCUUUCCUUAUGCAUUCCCUCUCUUCUCAAUCUCCAUUUCCAUCUCCUUAUGCAGGUUCUUAAUCCACCAUUGCAUCAUUAACUGUAUUCAGAAGUGCAUGAAAAAGCACACAAGUUUGCUAACAAUAAAGGCUAAUGAUGCCCAACUUCUAUCUUUAUUUAAUAAAAAUAUAAAACUCAAUAGUAAAACAGGCAAUGGAGAAGGCAUAACAUGAAAGAUUUAUUGUAUCAAUUAUUACCUUUAGUUGUGAAAAUAAGAAUUUGUUCACGAAGGCAUAACACCACUGCCCAUGCAUAUAUGCCAAGAAAGCAUUGUGGGAAAAUCAAAAUUUUGCAAGCAACCAAAACACAAAUGCAAAUGAAUGAAAAUUCAAACACGGAGAAAUUUAUGAAUCAAUUACCAAAUAUCAAUAUCUAAGUGUGACAAAUCUAUACCAAUUUGGAAAAUUUAUAAAUGAAGAAACAAAAAACUCUUGGAAGAUUCCAAUCAUAAAUCCAAGAAUAGCAUGCAUUUUAUCAAAUAAUUACAUAAGUAAUCCCAAGAUACCAGAAAAGAACCAAAUGUAUGUAACAUUUCAACUUAGAUUCACUUCGCACACCGUAAUGCAUGUAUAUCUGUAGAGACCAAAAAGAUCACAACACUAACAAACAAGGAACAAAACUUAUAGCAUGGUCAUUGCACUAAUCUUGAUCUAGUGUACAGAGCAUGAUAACAUGUCCAAGACUGAGUCUUGGUGAUUGAGCUAAGCUUCUCUCAUGGAAAUAAACAAAUUUCACGAAAGGUCCACUCCCAAAUUCUUUAAAGAUGACAAAGCCUUUUCUUUUCACUGGGAUAUUUUAUCAAACAUGUUGAAUAUAGAAGGAAUGAACAUAAACUGUGAUAUCAAUUGGCCAUGAAUUCCUAAGUACCCAAAACAAAUACCAUUCAAGAAGCAUCAUUCCAUCAAACACUAACCACAAUCAUCAAACAGAUCAACAUGGGUAUCAAAGGAAACAAAAAAAUAAAAUAAAAUAAAAUCAUCUAACCAAUUUGGAAGUUUUCAAUGCCAAAAUUUCAAUACCCGCCCAUUUUCAUCUCAAAUUUGAAUUUGCUAAUUUGAAUGUAUCUCAGAAUUGACAGGUUAAACUGACGUUAGAAUAUCAAAUUGAAGUGGAAUGACAUGGCAGAUAAGCAUAUGUCAUCAGUUUUUAAUGAGUUGUCUUUUGUUUAUUGGCUGGGACUACAAAGUCAGCAAGCGACCUUGUAGUCCCGGACUAGCUGAGAAUUUUCCGUGAACGGGUACCUCAUUUUUUGUUUUAUAUUUGCUUUUGGUCACUGUUUCUCUCUCUUAGUUUUCUCUGCUAUGCUAUGAGCUGGUUGUUUUAAGACAAAAAUUUCAUAUUUGGUUGGUCAAACAAGCUCGAGG